UCCCAUACACUCGCCAAACGUUGUUUACUUCAAAAAGUUUAAAUUCCGCGAUUAGCCCCCUCAAAUGGCCAAUAAAAUUCACAGAAGCUGGUCGCGCUUUUCCCUAGCUUUUCUUCUAUACCUUCUCGAUAUUCCGGCACCCGCCUCCAUUGACAGCGCCACUGAAAACUCCAGCAACAACAUUGCAUAAUUCGGUGGGGAAAAUUGGAGCUACGACUUUGUUUUUAUUUAUUUGUAACUGGAGCCCCCAUCCCUCUCAACGAAGCUAAUUAACCCCACCAAUUGAUUUUUGCCAAUUGAUUUUAUUAAAAUCGAUUCAAGGCAGAAAUUUAACGCUUUUGGCCUGCGCAUCCCAUCGUACAAGCGGCACAGUGGCUACACAGCCACUAAAGACUGGGGAUCAAGAAAUCUAAUCGCCGCGGAGAUCAUAAAUUAAUUUGAAAGAGUACACUUCGAAAAUGAGCCGGUACCAGGUGCAGAGCAAGAGCCGAGGAGCCACUGGUGGUGGGUCUCCGGGGCCAGUCUACGGCGUGGUCUCGACGUUGGACGACGCCGCUUCGAAUCCCGCGGAUUUCGACAGAUGCCCUCCACUUGAGGUGAGGAAGAGUGAACUGAGCUUGUUCCUCAACUGGGGAGACCCCAAAAAGCAGACCAUGGAGUUAGGGUCGAAAUUCAGAGAUCGCAGCUGGAUCGUCGAUCUAUUGGCCAUCUUUUUUGGCAUCGGCACCUGGCUGGGCGUCAAUGGAACCUUUAUACAACUACCUCUGCUGGUGGAUGAAGCCCCAGAGGGCUGGAGUCUGCCCUCGUACCUCAGCGUGAUGGUGCAGAUCGGGAACCUGGGACCCCUGCUCUACACGGCCAUUCAGAAAUAUUCGCCAAAGAAACUGAACGAUGGCUGGACCAUCCAUGGAGUGCUGCUAGUGGGUGCCAUCUCCUGCCUGCUGACCGCCUUCUUCUACAACCGAACUGCUCCGGUCAAUGGGACGGAUCACAGUGUGGCCCUGUUUGUGCUGACCUGCUUUACGGCUCUGAAUGCCUGCACUAGUUCUGUGCUCUUCAUGCCCUACAUGGGUCGCUUCAAGGAACAGUACAUGGUCACCUACUUCAUUGGCGAGGGACUGAGCGGGCUGCUGCCCAGUGUGACUGCUUUGAUCCAGGGCAUCGGUGAGAGUGGCGAGUGCACGUUGGUGAAUGUAACCGAAACGGGAGAUCCUAUCUACGAGCUGUUGAAGACACCACCAAGGUUCGAUACCCGGGUGUUCUUCCUUAUCCUCUUCGGACUGAUGGUCCUCAGCUAUGUGGGCUACACCCUGCUCAAUUCGCUGCCCGUGGCUAGGCGGGAAUAUGCCCAGGUUACUGUCACCGAGGGCAACAAGUACGUCUACGGAGAGGCGGAUAACCAGCAGCAGGCUGUAAAAGUGGAGAAGCUUUCGAAGGGACAAUACACUUACCUGCUCCUCCUGAUCGGGGCCAUAUCGCUGUUCAGCAACGGAAUGUUUGGCAGCAUUCAGUCCUAUUCCAGUGCUCCCUACGGCUCAAAGGCGUACCAUUUGGCGGCCACGCUCAGUGUGAUUGCCAAUCCGGUGGCCUGCUUCAUGGCCAUGUUUCUGCAUUUCACAUCGCUGCGUCUCAUCACGAUACUCUCUAUAUUGGCGGGUCUGCUGACCAGCUACGUCUUCACCACGGCCGCCCUGAGUCCUCUGCCGCCGCUCCAUGAUCAAACAGUGGGCGCCGUGCUGGUGGUUACCGCCUGGACCCUGCUGGUGGGAAUCGUUAGCUACACGAAGCUGGGCAUCACCACCGUGAUGCGGGCUCAGGGUGGCCAGUCGCUGGUCUGGGUGGGCGCCAUCACGCAGCUGGGCUCGGCAAUCGGUGCGGUGGCCAUAUUCUUUGCCAUUAACUACUCGAAUCUGUUCCAGGCCGCACAGACAAGCUGCUGACAUAUCCAGGGAUGCAGCGUGAAUUUAUAGAAGAUUUUACUGUAUGCUAGUUUAGUGUGUGAUAUUUCCCUAUUUUCCUAUUUGUAAUUCCAUCGUCACAAUGAAGACAAUACCUGAGAAAAUACGUGAAUGGCGAGUUUUAUAAAUCUGAUGACUGUUGGAGGUGAUAUCAGAAAAUACUGCGAAGCAUGGAGGGGGCUCAAAAUAUUUAAGCAUUUACCUCUUUAUAUUAAGAUGUGGUGAAAAAUAAAUUAGUUGUUUUAUGACAAGUUA